AUGAGGGGGAUGCCGCUUGGCCAAAUUAUUAAAAAGAACUCGCCCAGCCAGGCACUCAUCAAAAGUGCAAUCCAUCACGACAGCAGCUGCUGUGCAUGUAAAAGAAGAUUCUCCUUUUUUCGAAGCAAACUUUGGAGCCCAACUGAAAAUAUUAUAUAUAGAAAAAACCUUGACAUCAGUUGCAAAAGCCAUGUGUUCUUCUACACCGUUCUGAAUGUAGAUCGGUACAGCCACUUCCUACCUUACGUCACGAAAAGCAAAAUAACAGACAAGGCGGAGGAGCACUUCAAGGCCGUCCUCCAAAUUGAGAAUCUCCUGUUCAAGGAAUCAUAUGACUCCGUCAUUCGGUUCAAGGUGCCUACCACCGUCAAGGUGUCCAGCGCAGACACGAACCUGUUUAACCACUUGACCACUGAAUGGAUCAUUGAAGAGAAACCGGGAUGUAUCAACGUUGAUUUUUACAUAUGCUUUCGGCUAAAGAACAUGGUCUAUCAAAACUUCAUGCGCAUGUACAUACAAGAGAUUGGGACGAAGAUACUCUAUGCCUUCAUUAGGGAAGCGCGCCUGAACAGCAAGAGGAAUGUGGAUGUUCUCUUCCGUCAAUUGCUGCAGCGGUGA